UCAGUGUGUGCUGAGGAGGGCAGCAGGAAGGUGUGCAGCAUCUGAGAAGAGCUUCAGGCAGCGGCUGCUGAAGAGGGAGCUGAGGUUUGGUUUCUGAGGAGGAGGAGGAGGAGGAUGAAGAUGCCUGGCCUUCCUCAGGGUCUGCGAGCUCAGGUGAGCCCUGGGCUCCAGACUAAGAGUUAGCCAUGCUGCGCCAGUCGGAGCCGACCUCCAGUACCCUGCACCUGGUAGCCAAUGACAUGAGCAGCAUCAUGCAGCGGCUGGACGCUAAAGACCUGGACAUGGGAGACAACGUCUUCGACACGACGGAUGGAGGCGACCGGUUGCCCUUCACAACGAUUUACAAGCUGGUGGGUUUCAAGGAGCCCGAAGCCGUCAUCUUCCUGUCUUCUCCCAUCACCGCCAAAAUCUUGGAUGUGGAGCGAUGCACGACGACCGAGGACCGCUUCAAACGUUUGGGGCAGAGGAGCGUCAACAAGGUGAUGCCGGCUCUGUACACGAUCGAGCUGAAACACGGGGAGUUUACCUGGCAGGUGAAGAAGAAGGAGAAGCACUUCAUGGAGCUCCACAGAGACCUGAAGUUGUACAAGACGCGCAGGCGGCUCCAUCUGCCGUCACGAGGAAAUACGAUAAUGAGAAAGACUAUGCCAAAGAUGGAGAAGGUGCAGAUUCCAGACCUCCGCCGUGAAGAAGAGACGAGCCAAUCAGGAAGAGGCAUAGUGUCCAGCCGCAAGACACAACUGGAGGAUUACCUGAACGCCAUGCUGAGGAUGCCGCUGUACAGGAGCUACCACGCCACCAGGGAGUUCAUCGAUGUUAGCCAGCUGUCCUUCAUUCAUGAUUUGGGACCAAAAGGCUUGGAAGGAAUGGUGCAGAAGCGUUCCGGCGGCCAUCGAAUCCCCGGCUUGAACUGCUGCGGUCGGAGCAGAAUGUGCUACCGCUGGUCCAAACGCUGGCUGGUGGUGAAGGACUCCUUCCUGAUGUACAUAAAGCCAGACUCCGGCGCCGUCUCCUUUGUGAUGCUUUUCGACAAAAAGUUCAACGUCAAGCUGGACUCCAAGGAGACGGAAACCAGACACGGCCUCCGCAUCGACAGCCUGUCCAGGGAGUUGGUGCUGAAGUGCUCCAGCUACAGACACGCCCGCUGGUGGGGCCAGUCCAUCGAGACGUUCUCCAACAAGUAUGGCUCGGCCUUCCUCCAGGACCAUCGCUUUGGAUCCUUCGCCAGACAGGAGGAGAACAUCCCCGCCAAAUGGUACGUGAACGGUAAAACCUACAUGGAGGACGUGGCUGACGCCCUGGAAGAGGCCAGAGAGGAGAUCUUCAUCACAGACUGGUGGUUGAGUCCAGAGAUCUUCCUGAAGCGGCCGGUCGUUGAAGGAAACCGAUGGCGUCUCGACUGGAUCCUGAGGCGCAAAGCGCAACAAGGCGUGCGGAUAUUCGUGAUGCUCUACAAGGAGGUGGAGUUGGCUCUGGGGAUCAACUCCGGCUACAGCAAGAGGACGCUGCGGCACCUCCACCCCAACAUCAAGGUGAUGCGCCACCCGGACCACGUCUCCUCCGCCGUCUACCUGUGGGCGCACCACGAGAAGAUCGUCGUCAUCGACCAGUCGGUGGCCUUCGUGGGUGGGAUCGACCUGGCGUACGGCCGCUGGGACGACGGCGAACACCGGCUCACGGACAUCGGGAGUGUGACGCUUUCCCACUUGGAGCAGGCUACGGCUGCAUCCCCCAACGCCGCAGCUCCGUCCAGCAGCAGCGCUGGCGGCGGCGACGUUUCCCAGAGCCAGGGGAAAGGAGUUACCUCAGUGACGGACUCUACAGACCAGCCAAAGCUGAAGGGUCAGGGACGGUUGAAGAGGACCAGGAUGACCAUCAAGAAACGGCUGCAGAAGCACGGACUGGCCCGCCCCGACAGCGACAGCGACCUGGAAGAAGAGGAGGAGAGGAGCCACUCUGUACGAAGUCUUCAUACAGGUGUUGGAGAUCUGUUUGGAGACACGAGGUUCUGGCAUGGCAAAGACUACUGCAACUUUGUGCACAAGGACUGGAUACAGCUAGACAAACCUUUUGAUGAUUUCAUUGACCGACAUACCACUCCCAGAAUGCCUUGGCAUGACAUCUCUUCUGUAGUUCACGGGAAGGCGGCGCGAGAUGUGGCUCGACACUUUAUCCAGCGGUGGAAUUUCACCAAGAUCAUGAAGCCAAGGUACCGUGGUUUAUCGUAUCCAUAUCUGUUGCCCAAGUCGCACACCACAGCCGGAGAGCUGAGAUACCAGGUUCCCAACUGCAUUCGUACAAAAGUGCAGGUCCUUCGCUCUGCCUCAGACUGGUCUGCUGGCAUCAAAUACCAUGAAGAGUCCAUCCACAACGCUUAUGUCCACGCCAUCGAGAAUAGCCAGCACUUCAUUUACAUUGAGAAUCAGUUCUUCAUCAGCUGUGCAGAAGGCAAGCUAGUCCAGAACAGGAUAGGAGACGCUAUAGCAGAACGCAUCAUCAAGGCUUACAGGGAGGGGAAGAAGUACCGUGUGUACGUGGUGACGCCUCUGCUGCCCGGCUUCGAAGGCGACAUCAACACCGGCGGCGGCAGCGCCAUCCAGGCCGUGAUGCACUUCAACUACAGGACCAUGAACAAAGGAGACCGCUCCAUCAUCUCCCAGCUGAUUAACGAGAUGGGAGGCCAGUGGAUCAACUACAUCUCCUUCGCCGGCCUGCGGACCCACGCCGAGCUGGAGGGCAAGCUGGUCACCGAGCUCAUCUACGUCCACAGCAAGAUGCUCAUCGCCGACGACAACACCGUCAUCAUCGGUUCUGCCAACAUCAACGACCGCAGCAUGCUGGGGAAGCGGGACAGCGAGGUGGCGGUGAUCGUGGAGGACUCGGAGACGGUGGACGCCGUCAUGGACGGGCAGCCGUACAGCGCCGGGAAGUUCGCCCUGCAGCUGCGCCUGGAGUGCUUCAGGAUGAUCCUCGGCGCCAACACCGACCCGUCCAUCGACGUGUCCGACCCAAUCAGCGAGCAGUUCUACAAGGAGACCUGGAUGACCAGCGCCGCCCGCAACGACUCCAUCUACCAGAAGGUUUUCCGCUGUCUGCCGUCCAGCGACGUGCGGAACAUCUCGGAGCUGGAGGGCUUCCUGGCCAAGCCGGGUCUGGCCAAGGAGGACCCGGCUCAGGCCCGGGAGGAGCUGAAGAAGAUCCGCGGCUUCCUGGUCCAGUUCCCUCUCCAGUUCCUGAGCGAGCAGAACCUCCUGCCUCCCAUCGGCAGCAAGGAGGCCAUGGUUCCCAUGGAGGUCUGGACCUGAGCCGCCUGGUGGCCGAUCUGACUCUCCCUGACGCCAUGUUGGAGGUCCUUCUGUAGAAAAAGACUUUUACCGGGGGGAAAACGGUUCUUCACGCUGACUGAAACCUGUAGUUCAGGCUGGAAUCAGAUGACGGCAGCAGUCAGCUGGCUUCACAUGUGCUUGUUUAACACUAAUCCUGCCUGAGGUCCAGUCUGACGACGACCUUGAAGAUCAUCAAAUCAACAGUUAAUCUGAGACGCUGAAGGGUUGAUGGGUAGCAGCGGUGCCAAAGACGGAGACACAGCGGUGGGAAAAACCUGCAGAAGCAUUUAGAGGAUCAGGAGUUUAGCUACAGCGCCUGCAAGGCUCGACCCAGGGCUGAAUCACACUACCGUUCCUGCAACCGACCGUUUCUCUACAUCUAAUUCUAUGCCGAGGAACAAAAAUCCAUCCAGUGAAAGAAGUUGAACCGACCAGACGCCUGAUUUUCUCCAACCAGGGUCGGUGAGGCCAAGAAAAGAAAAAACUCUCAAUUUCAUGUAUUUUUCUAUAUAAAUAGGGUCGUUUAAUUAAUUAUCUCAUCAUGAAAACUUACAGAUGUCUUUUUAUUUAGCGUCAGAGGAAAAACACGUUUAUCUUUUGUUCAAACUAUAAAUCAGGUUGUCAGUUUGCAGGUAGAACCUCCUCCAACGUGGCUUCAGGUGUAAAACUUCUCACACUUUGACCAGCAGACGGAGCGUUAAGCUCCACGAUGCCUGAAAGUCUGCUUCCUCCUUCAUCCGGGUUGGAUAUGGACUGUUCAUCUCUCCUCCUGCUGACCCUUCAGCACCAAGCUAAGACUCUGUAAUCUCCAUUUUCUCCUCCUGCUAACACUAUGCAACAUCCAGAGCUGGGAAACGCUGCUCCUUUUGCUCUAAAAAGACACUAAAUGGAUAAAAACAGAGCAGCGAUGAAGAUGAAGGAGCAGCUCAGCCUUGACUCGUCUUUCACUGUAAUUACGUCACAUAAGAAAUUAAAAGUGCCAAAAACCAUCCGAGCCAAUGCAGACCCAUUUACAUUCCACCGACUGUGUAUUACGCCUUAAAUGACUUCUUCUGUAUUCUGUGAUCUGGCACUUCUGCGUAAAGAUUAUUCUACAAAUUAAUCUCUCAAAUUUCAGUCCAUUUUUUUCCCCCAUCUCAAAAUGAAUCAACAAUUUGCCUCCAAGACAAAAACACCCUGAUCCAGGAUCAGAUUCAUUUUUUUUACUGUUGUGCUGGAUGAUGAGUCCAGUGCUGCGUCAGAAACUGGAGCCUUUUGCAGCCGAUGUCAUAAUUAUAAGUUUAUAUUGGAUGAUUAGAGUUAAGUGUUUUUUUUUAAACUGCAGUUAUACUUUUGUCCACUAGGUGGCAGAACGAGCUAAAUCACAAUUACAAUUUAACGAGAUUCUGUUAUAUUUCUGUUGUUUUUUAUUUUUUUGGGUGGGGUGGGGGGGCGCAGUUUCUGUUUAUUUAUUGGGGAUUGGAGACGUCACAUGACAUGAACCUGUAACGCUUUUUGUUUCUGCUUCACCAAAAUGAAGUGUGACACUGCAGGCUCCUCUAUAUUCGGGUUUUUGGGGUUUUUUUUAACUCUAGUUGGCAUCAGACAUGUUUUAUUUUUACUACACAAAGAAGCUGUGUAAGCUGGUUUCUCCUGCUGCCAAUAAAGGAGACGACUGUAUGAAAAUAUCGGCAUUAAUUCUUCUUCGGUCAACGUUUUCUCCAGAAAGGAUUUGUUGGUUUAAUUAUUAUAAUAUAAAUAACGAUCGCUGCUAUAAAUGCAGCGCCUGUUUGGCAACAAACCACAGGCGGUUUCAACCAUCUGUCCUGAAAAAGAUGCUGAAAAAUGAAUAAAAAAUUGUGCAAAAGUUGAAACUGAUUCAGUUAAACAUUUUUUUUUUUUUUUUUUCAUCAUGUAAGGCAUUUUAAGUUUAAAUUUAAACGUUUAUUUAACUUUCUGGUCCUGCAUGUUAAAAAUAACUGCAAGGAUUUAGCUUUUUUUUAGAUUUAAAUUUUAUUUAUAUUUCUGAUUCAUACCUAUUGAAUGCAGCGGUGGUCUUUGUAUGUAUUGGCCUGUUUACCUGCAUGAAGCUGGAUGUUUUAUUUAAAAAAGGAGCCGCGUGGCGGACAGCAUGACGCCAGCAUGUUGCCUUUAAAUCCCAGCAUGAACCCUCAGAGGUCUCCUUAAAGCCACGAUUGAAGCUAAACUCUGUGCCUGCCUCAGCCUGAAGCUGUAACGGUUCAUUUACCUUCUCUACCUCCUGCUCCAGUGCUUCUCCGUUCAUGUUUGUCAUUAAAAGCAUGACUUUUUGUAUCUUUGCACAAACCAAACCUUGCAGAAGAGAUUCUCUGGAGUUUCUGCGGACGCCCUGAAGCGCUCGUCUGUCUUUCAUCUUUCUCUGUUCACCUCUUAUUUCUUUGUUGCUAUAGAAAUGCACUUAUUUUGCACAGACUGUGAUCUCCAGUGUCACUUCAUGUAUUGCUCUGGUGAACUAAAUAAAUGAGGGAUUGAUGGCAUUAAA